AUGAAGUUUCCAUUUCACAUCGAUAUUGUCCUUGGCAAGAAGGAAAGGAAAACAUGUGCCACGGGUGUGCAGGUUGCAGCUAUAGCAGGUGCUUUGGAAUCAGUGCAGGAUAGUCGAGCUGGGCCGGCUCUAACUGGUGCGAAUCCUUUGGAAUCAAACUCAAUGGAGACGGUGAAGCUGUUCAGCUUUGAAGACAACAAUAUUCCAACGUACGACCCCGAAAGUUUCCCAAAUACGUAUGUGCUUUUUCCAGAAGAAGGAUCUGCUUCGAUCACUAGUGUUGGACAAAUUGAUCGUUUGAUUGUUUUGGACAUAAAGUGGUCGAAGCAGAGUGGAAGUACUGAUUCGAGGUUUCGCUCCUUCCCUCGCGUGCAUCUAGAUUCGCCGCCGGAUCGAAGUCACUUCUGGCGUUGGCAUUCAGAGGGUGCCGGGAUGCUCUCUACCAUUGAAGCUAUAUACUUCGCAGCAAUGGAGACCACACUGGGGCGGAAAGAUUGGAAUUUGUCUGAUCGAAGGAGAUUGAUCAACAUUAUGUGGCUGUUCGCAACCCAAUACGCUAUUGUCAAGAGAAAAAGUGAAAUAGAGGAUCGCACUGUCCCUUUCUCAGAAGACGCAAAAUUGGAAAGAAGACUCCUGCGACAGCUCCAUCCUAGCCAUCCGUCUCGAAAGGUGAUUCUGCCAUGA